GCCACGUUACCUCAGCCACUCGGGACGGCUCCCUGGAGGAGAAGCGAAGGGGGCACCGAGCCGAGCCGUCGCCGCCCGCGCCUGCGGGGAGCCGCGUCUCCGUUUUCCCGCCUCAGGCGCCCCUGAGAAGCCCCGCUUCUUUGCCGAUAUCUUCUCAGCCAAGCAAGGAACUUGGCCGCCUUCCCCUGAUGUAAGCACGCCAGAUGCUGGGCACCAUGGGUGAGCCUGUAGGAGAAGAGCCCAUUUCCACAGUCAGAGAACUCUGCCAUGAAUGCGGACAGUUCCACUUAUUGCCAGACAAUCAUCUCUAUAACUUCCAGGACGAAGUGGACGAUGAGCUGGUUUGUCACAUUUGCCUUCAGCCUUUGCUCCAGCCUAUGGACACACCUUGUGGACAUACAUACUGUUUCAAGUGUCUUGAAAACUUCAUGCAGGAAUACACCUUCUGUCCUAUGGAUCGGAAAAAACUCUCUUUCCAAUAUUGCCGAAAGUCCAGCCUUCUGGUUCGGAACCUGCUAGAUAAGCUCAUUGUCCUCUGCCCUUUUCAGGAGGACUGUAAACACACUAUGCAGCGGUGUGAAUUAGAGGCUCACUUACAGAACAGGUGCCCUGGCUUCAGGAAAUACAAAGCUCAACUAGAAAGUAAGAAGAACCCUCGCUCCAGGUUGAGGGGAGAUUCCCUUUCCAAACUGGAAGCAAAUGCGCUGAAAGAGCCAGAGAUAGUGAAUGGGCUGUCAACGCUGGUAGCUGGAAGCUCCAUUGCUGCCGUGGUAUCCUUGGAGACCGCAGAACCUGGGCUGGUUAAUCCAGCUUUUGAUGGGAGUGAAGAAGAUCUGCCUCAGAGAGCUAGUCUUUUAGCAGAGACAAGUGUAAUUGAAAUUCACCGAGAUGACCCUGAGGAAGAGCUUGGGAUGCGGAUAGUAGGUGGCAAAGACACAGCACUUGGCAAUAUAGUUGUCCAAGAAGUUAUUCGGGAUUCAGUUGCUGGCACAGAUGGCAAAAUAGCACCUGGAGACCAUAUCAUGGAGGUGAAUGGUGUCAACAUUAGCAGUGUGACUCAUAGCCAAGCUAUCUUCUUACUGCGCCAGCCCUGCACGACACUCCACCUCCUAGUGUUGCAAGAGAAAGGCUUUACCACCAGGCCUGGGCAACUGGAUUCCAGCCCUACAAUAAAUCAGGAAGUGAUCCACGUUACUCUCAUAAAGAGAGAUCAGUCUGAACCCCUUGGCAUCAAACUGAUCAGGAAAUCUGAUGAGCCUGGGAUUUUUAUUCUGGAUCUGCUAGAUGGAGGUUUGGCAUCCAAGAAUGGGAAAUUGAGUCGGAAUGAUAAAGUCCUCUCCAUCAAUGGGCAGGAUCUACGGCAGGGAACACCUGAGACAGCUGCGCAGAUAAUCCAGUCCAGUGAAGCAAGAGUGAACUUUGUCGUUCUCCGUCAGUCCGGGAUACAGCUGUCAGAUUCUGUUGAAGACGGCGGCACGUCCAACAGCAGCAGCAGCAGCAGCAGCAGCAAUGGGGGCAGUCCGGUGCUCCAUCGCAGAAGACCCGAACAGAGUCACUAUCGACGGAAGUCAAACUAUCAAAAGGCACUCCCUCAAGGAUACAGUAGCCAGGAAAAAGUAGUUACAGUAAAAAAGGAGCCAAAAGAAUCUCUAGGAAUAACAAUUGGUGGUGGAAGAGACUGUAAACACAGGCUCCCUGUUUAUGUGACUAGCGUGCAACCUGUAGGGUGCCUCUUCAGAGAUGGUAGGAUUAAGAAAGGAGAUGUGCUUCUAAGUAUCAACAAUAUCGAGUUGACUCACCUAAGCUACAAUGAAGCUGUCUCCGCAUUGAAAUCGAAUGCUGCUUUGCACACAGUGGUGCUGAAGGCCUUGGAGAUUGUAGUGCCAGAAAAGACAUUUGAGUCAGCGGAGAUGCCAGAAAGCAAGUUCGGGUGGGCUAGCUGGGCUCCUCUAUGGGUCAGGUGGCUUGGAUUACCUAGCCACCUCCACUUCUGUCAAGAUAUCGUCUUGCAUAAAAGCAACUCAGAGAGUUGGGGAUUCAGCAUAGUCGGUGGGUUUGAAGAAAAUAAAGGGAGCCAGCCGUUCUUCAUUAAAACCAUUGUCCCCGGAACACCUGCCUUCCGGGACAGAAGACUAAGGUGUGGAGAUGAAAUUGUGGCUGUCAAUGGUGUGUCUGCGGUAGGCAUGAGCAACGCAGCGUUGAUUCCCAUGCUGAAGGAACAGCGCAAUAAAGUCACUCUGACAGUUGUGUCCUGGCCUGGCAGCCUGGUGUAGGACAUCAGACCUGUUGUACAGUUGAAUUCUGGAAUCCUUUCAGCCACAAACAAUGUGGCUUGGCACACUGAAUGAACAGAGAACGGUGGGCAGGACUACACGUGCUACUCAAGGCCUCUUCUGGACUUACUACUAUGCCAAAGGAAAUGUUGCUUGCACCAGUCUCCCUGGCAGAUGAAGGGGGUACUGCCAUUAGAUUUCUGUCACUUGGAUGUUAUGUUCCUCACACCCUCAAAUGUGCAUGGCACAUUUGAGGCCCUAAGCCACAGCCUGCUUCUCUCCUGAAACCCUAGUUUAAUCCUGCUCCAACAAACACAAGUACAAGUGGAGCCUGCCAAAGUUUUCGAGAUGACUUAUGGCCCAGAAAACCUGAUAUUAGUAGGUAUUUUUUAACUUCAUGUGACACAAACCUAACAAACAGCAAGUGGCCACUGAAUGUAUGACUUAGAAGAACUAUCCUCAGCCAGCUCCUGAAAAAAUCAUUAGCUUAAAGGAAGGAAUGCUACUAAGAAAGGGUAAAGGGGCCACAUCUGGCUCCUCGCCUGCUUUUGAGUGCUCCACGUGGGACGACCUGCUUCCAGUUUCAGGCUGAACUGUUAGCUGUUUUGGCCUUUGAAGGCAGGCCCAGAAGCAAACACUGCACAUCUUGAGACCACGUGGCUUACACGACUCAUUCAGGCCCUGCUGCUCAAUAGCAGCCACCCCACAAAAGCCAGUGUCGUUUCAGGGUAGGAUCUGAAAGACCCAAGUUCAAAUCACCACUCUGCUGUGAAAGCUCUCUGGGAGACUUUGAGCCAGUCACACACACUCAGCCUAACCUACCUCUCGAGGCUCUUGUGAGAGUAAUAUAGAGGCAAGGAGAAUGAUGCAAACUGCUUGGGGUCCCAAUUGUGGAGGAAGGCGGUAUAUAAACAACGUAAAUUAAGAAACGUAGAUGAAGAUAGGGCGGCAGAUAAAAGGUACGUUUGGUGAGUUUGAAGGAGAGAAGGAAGCAGGAAAAGAGGGAAAGGCGAAGACAGAUGGGCAGGCGAAGGUGGGUGGAAAGGAGAGGAGACCAGGAAGCAGGAAGAGAGGCUGUGGGGGGUGGGCAGGGAAGGGGGACAUGGUGGAGGAUGGGGAAAUGAGAGGCCUCCUGCAACUCCUUGCCAGUCCCCCACUGAGAUUUCUCACACCCAUCUCUCAUAAAUAGUACUUGAAUAGCCUUGAGCUGUGUCUUUUCUGCAAAUGGAGAUGAACAGGUAGUCCUCAGGAAAACUCACCCAUUGCUCUCUCGCCCUUUUGGGUUUGGCUCCUUCCUCUGCAAGAGGAUUCACUUCUCACCCUUUUUCUGCCCCCAGAAACAAUUCUGCGGUCCAGAGCAGUUCAAGAGGCACAGGCUGGCCUAACUGGAGAUGUAGCAGUGAAAGCAGUCAUUAGAAUUCAACUGUGCAGUUUCUGAAUACACAGAAAUUUGGGACAAGGGAAGUGGCAACCCUAAACCCCUCACGGCAGAGUUUAAAGGAGUACAGCUUUCCCCUUCUUGUUGCUCAUGUGCUUUUCUAAAGAAAGCCUCAGCACUCAAGGCGCAACUACAUUAAGCUUUCUCAGCAAGCUGUUUCAUUUGAAAAUAAACCAGUUGGCGUCUGGCAGCAGCGGACCCUGGACAUUUGGGUCUGUCGAGAAGGGAUUUCAGGGACUUCCUGUAAGAACAAACUUGUAGGCAGCUGGAGGGCUGAGAUCCGACAUAGACCAUUCAGUCCCCAACCAAAAGCCAACAAAACAGGCUGCUCUCCACAGGGCUCUGCAUUUUGGCAAGCUGGUGGGAUGUCUCUCAGGAAAUCGGGGUGCGCUAUCUGCCUGCUAAUACAGCAGUGCGCUUUUGAAUGAAGGUCAUUUCUCUUGUUGUAACUUUUGUUUCUGAUAUCAAGCCACUCGCAGUUUUUUGUGAAAUAUUCGUACCGGAAUCAAAGGUCAACCUUCACUGUGGGGAAAAAAGACAGAAGGACUGAUGGAGAUAUUUAGGCCUCGUGCAGCAAUUUCCUCUUCGUACUUGAGAAAAUCUUCCUUCACUGGUCUAGUGUCCCAAUAAUGAGCCUGCCCCAGACUCAGCAUACCACAUGCUGUGUGUGCUACAUUCCUUAGAACAGAAGAGGGGUUGCAUAGCAGCUUCAUUUCCCUGCAUUGCCUUCUUUCACGGUGCCUUCCAUCCACAGGAAGCCUAGUCGUUGCUGAAGUGCUUUGUUCCAGUGACUUUGUAGAAAUGAGUGAACAGAUCAUCAUGGUUUCAAUGCAUUUAUAAAUUAUUCUGAAGUUA